CUAUGACAUCAGCCAAGAACGCCUGGGAUGCCGCUGCUCCUGGCCAGACGCAGGAGGAGGAGGUUCCUGCCGGCUAAGAGUUAAUCAGCACCGCACAGCGAGGGGGGAGCCGUCAGUUUUCCGGGGACACUGGUUUCGGUCACUGGCUGCCACUGUACUCCUCCUACCCAGGGGAGCUCACGGAGAGUUGGAUGAAUUCUGGGUUGUUAGCUGCGGUCAGCUGGGCUCCUGGGAGCCUGUUCCUGGUGGAAAACAGGGGGCGUCUGGCCAAGGGACCAGCGGCUCGCUGAGACUCAACAUGACCCUCCUGGGGGCUGAGCAUUCUUUGCUGAUUAGGAGCAAAUUCAGAUCAGUUUUACAGUUACGACUUCAACAGAGAAGGACCCAGGAACAACUGGCUAACCAAGGAAUAAUACCGCCACUGAAAACUGCAACUGUAUUCCAUGAGCAAAGAAAACAUUUGGAUAGUGACAAGACUGAAGACAGCCUGAAGCGCAAGGUCAGAAACAGGUCGGACGGUACUGACUCGGUUAAUAUGCACAUACUCCAGGCCUCCACUGCAGAGAGGUCCAUUCCAACUGCUCAGAUGAAGCUGAAAAGAGCCCGGCUUGCAGAUGAUCUCAAUGAAAAAAUUGCUCUCCGGCCAGGGCCACUGGAACUGGUGGAGAAGAACAUAAUCCCUGUUGAUUCUGCUGUGAAAGAGGCCAUAAAAGGCAACCAGGUGAGUUUCUCUAAAUCAGCGGAUGCGUUUGCCUUCGAAGAGGACAGCAGCAGUGAUGGGCUUUCUCCAGAUCAGACUCGAAGCGAAGACCCCCAGGGCUCGGCAAGAUCUCCCCCAGACACUAAAGCUACAGAGACCCCUUUGGCAGGUCCUCCAGGGACAAUCCAGGGUCUUACUUCUGGCUCAGAAAAUGACAGGAAUGACUCGGCCUCACAGUCCAGCAACCAGUCAGACACAGGGAAGCAGGGGGUUGGCCCCCUCAGCAGCCCCAACCCUGUGCAUGCUGCUGUAAAGUCCAAGUCCUUGAGUGACAGUAAGAACCGCCACAAAAAGCCCAAGGACCCCAAGCCGAAGGUGAAGAAACUCAAAUAUCACCAGUACAUUCCCCCAGACCAGAAGGCAGAGAAGUCUCCCCCACCCAUGGACUCAGCCUACGCCCGGCUGCUACAGCAGCAGCAGCUGUUCCUGCAGCUCCAGAUCCUCAGCCAACAGCAGCAGCAGCAACAGCACCGGUUCAGCUACCCUGGCAUUCACCAAGCUCAGCUCAAAGAACCAAAUGAACAGAUGAUCAGAAAUCCAAACUCUUCUUCUACACCACUGAGCAAUACCCCUUUGUCUCCUGUCAAAAACAGUUUUUCUGGACAAACUGGUAUCUCUUCUCUCAAACCAGGUCUACUUCCAUCAAACCUAGAUGAUCUGAAGGUUUCUGAAUUAAGACAACAGCUUCGAAUACGGGGCUUGCCAGUGUCAGGCACCAAGACGGCCCUCAUGGACAGGCUUCGGCCCUUCCAGGACAGUUCUGGGAACCCUGUGCCUAACUUCGGUGAUAUAACAACUGUCACUUUUCCUGUUACGCCCACCAGUGCGCUGCCCAAUUACCAGUCCUCCCCUUCUACCAGUGCCUUAUCCAAUGGCUUCUACCACUUCGGUAGCACCAGCUCCAGUCCCCCAAUCUCACCCGCCUCCUCCGACCUGUCAAUGGCAGGGUCCCUGCCUGACACCUUCAAUGACACAUCCCCCUCUUUUGGCCUGCACCCAUCCCCUGUUCAUGUCUGCCCCGAGGAGAGCCUCAUGAGCAGUCUGAAUGGGGGUUCCAUUCCUUCUGAGCUGGAUGGGCUGGACUCCGAGAAAGACAAGAUGCUGGUGGAGAAGCAGAAGGUGAUCAACGAGCUCACCUGGAAACUCCAGCAAGAACAAAGGCACGUUGAGGAGCUGCGGAUGCAGCUGCAGAAGCAGAAAAGAAAUAACUGUGCUGAGAAGAAGCCCCUGCCUUUCUUGGGUGCCCCCAUCAAGCAGGAAGAUGCUGUCUCCAGCUGUCCUUAUGCAUCCCAACAAAUAUCUGUGAAAAGACAAAGCAGCAACUCAGAUGGCCAACUGCAGGCCUGUGAAGCUGCUCAACUCCUGCCCCGUGGGAGCACUCACUGUAUGGAGUCCUCAGGUCAAACCAACGUACUUUCUUCCACAUUUCUCAGCCCGCAGUGCUCCCCUCAGCAUUCGCCACUUGGGGCUGUGAAAAGCCCACAGCAUAUCAGUUUGCCCCCAUCACCAAACAACCAUUACUUCCUACCUUCAUCUUCAGGCGCUCAAGGAGAAGGGCACAGGGUCUCUUCACCUGUUGGCAGCCAGGUGUGUACCACACAGAACUCAGGGGCACACGAGGGCCAUCCUCCAAGCUUCUCUCCCCAGACUUCCAGCCUCCACCCUCCCUUUUCUGGAUCCCAGGCAGAAAGCAGUCAUGGUGCUGGGGGCAACUCUUGUCCCAAAAGCCCAAGUGCACAGCAAAAGAUGGCUGGUUUACACUCUUCUGAUAAGGCAGGGCCAAAGUUUUCAAUUCCAUCCCCAACUUUUUCUAAGUCAACUUCAGCAGUUUCAGAGAUAACACAGCCUCCAUCCUAUGAAGAUGCAGUAAAGCAGCAAAUGACUCGGAGUCAGCAGAUGGACGAACUCCUGGAUGUCCUCAUUGAAAGUGGAGAAAUGCCAGCUGAUGCCAGAGAGGAUCAUUCAUGUCUUCAAAAAGUCCCAAAGAUGCCCGGGUCUUCCCGAAGCCCUACUGCUGCCCUCCCCAAACCCUCAGCUUCCUAUGAGCAAGCAUCUGCAGGAGGACAGCUCUUCUUCGAUCACUAUGGCACAGACAGCGACGAGCACCUUGAAGUCUUAUUAAAUUCCCAGAGCCCCUUAGGUAAGGUGAGCGAUGUUGCCCUUCUAAGAAUUGGGAGUGAGGAGCCUUCUUUCGAUGGUAUAAUGGAUGGAUUCUCCGGGAAGGCUGCAGAAGACCUCUUCAAUGCACAUGAGAUCUUGCCAGGUCCCCUCUCCCCAAUGCACACGCAGUUUUCACCUUCUUCUGUGGACAGUAAUGGGCUGCAGCUAAGCUUCACUGAAUCUCCGUGGGAAACCAUGGAGUGGCUGGAUCUCACUCCACCAAGUUCCACACCAAGCUUCAGUUCCCUUACCACGAGUGGCCCCAGCAUCUUCAACAUUGAUUUCCUGGAUGUCACAGAUCUCAAUUUGAAUUCCCCCGUGGACCUUCACUUACAGCAGUGGUAGAAGGCUUGAUGCAAAAGUGCUAAGGAAGACUUAUAGGAAUUCCAUGGGGAAAGCACACAACCAUCAAUACUUGUACUAUCUAAAAGGAAGAGGAGAAGGAGGAAAAGGAGAAGGGGGAAAUUAAAAAGAAACAGUGGAGACUUCUGUUUCAAUCAAGAAGAAAAAAUAAGAGUCUCUUUUACAUAUAUAAAAUGUAAUAUUUACCAACAUUCAAUGACUGUUAUUGACUUCAGCAAUGCAUUUUAAAAUGUGCCAGAAUGCCAAAAAAAAAAAAAAAUUAUUUUACUGCCUUUUCAAACACUAAUAUUUUUUUUAGCCCGUAACAUUUUUC